GAACGCUCGGUGUUGUGUAAUUCCCGCUCCAGCUGCACCCAUGUCUCCCUGCUCUACAUUGCUGCAUGAACUCGCACUCCACUUGGCACUGCUGGCACUGUUUGUCACACAAGCCAGUGGCCUGCAGUGUUAUGCCUGCAACAUUGUUGAGGGGCAGAGGUAUGUUGAUGUCGGAUGUUCCAGCCCAGAGGUCAUUACCUGCUCCCGUUCCCACAAAGGCUUCAAGCAGCGCUUCUGCAUUAAAACAGAGAGCACUGCGUCGGGCACUGUGCUGACCAGUGGAUGCGCAACGUCGCGACACUGCCACACGGAGGAGCUGCCCGGAGUCAGGAUACACUGCUGCGAUUCCGACCUGUGCAACAGCGCCUCUGGAGGCCACUGGUCGCUGUUACAGGCACUGCGCUUGCUUACGGUCUUACUCGCAAUAAAGUGGCUACUGCUCUGAAGUCCACACAGCAAACUCGAACUUUUCUUCGGAAGUCCGCAUGAGCAAAGUCGAUAUCCAUGCACAAAAUAUCGAUGGAUACACAAUGUCAUAUUGUGAACACAAGUUCUGUUUCACCCCCCAAAAUCUUCGUCACCGCUACGGUUUAUUAUGUAAUGAUCGACAUACGAUCUCUAUAUUUUGAACAGUCUAAAUGAGUUUAAAUGUGAUGGUAAUUCAAACAUAUUUCAAAAGUGAAAAUCAGUUUAGAUAUAUCUUCAAUGGUAUUUCUUUUUUUUUUUUGUACAAUACACCACUGGGGUCAAAUUCUGUGAACGAAAUAUGAUCGUUUUUCACUUUUACAGCUCGCGUCAGGCAUUGCAGCAAGUUCUGCAUAAUUAUUUUUCUUGCUCUCUCUUACGUUAAUCUGCGUAAUCUACGUUUAAAAUCUUGCUAUAAAAAAAGUUUUGGACUAUUUUUAUGUCUAACCUACAGAUUCGGUAACGUAACGAUACUUUUAUUUUGGCAUUUGAAUACUAUCUUGGACUCUUACCAACCCGUGCUAAAACAUUUGUCACCCUUUGUCACCCCAUAAGCAGCGCUUUUAUUCCCUGACCAAUGCACCUCUUUUAAUUUAUAGCAAUAGAUAUUUAUCCUUUACCUUUGGGACGGAAUGACCGGGGCAAUGACCAGGUCCACGGUAAUGUAUUUAUUGCUAUUAUUUAUGUAUUUAUAAUGAUGUGGUAAUAAUAAUAAUUUCCACCGGGAUCAAUAAAAUGUUAUCUUAUUAUCUUCA